AUGAGUUACUUCCUCAACCACCCCACCGGGGGCGCGGCGGCGGCGAUCCAUUACGGGCAUUACACCGGCCCCCUCACCCCGACCAUCGCGCCGGUCUUGCCGCCGGAGUUACAGGCGAUGAUCGAGACUUACCGCCCCCCCCUUGGGGCCCCUCCGCCUCUCGAAGAUUGGAACGCGGCCGAUCGCGAGCUGCGAAGCCUCCGCGCCGAUCUCGACGAGGUCCAGCUGCUCGUCAGCUGCGCGACGGUGGAGUUGCAGGAGCGGCUGCGGGAGUACCUCACCGUGGGCGCGCUCUUCCUCCCUCACACCCGCGCUGAUCAGCUCGAGCCGAGCCUGCUUUUCCUGAAGGCGUUGCGGGAGCUGCCGGCCGCGGAGGUGCCGAUCCGGGAGCUCCACACCGAUUGGCUCCCUUGCCUGCUCGCGUUGCUGACUGGAGGGGGGCCGGAGAGGGGGGAGGAGGGGUCCGUGCGAGAGCGAGGGGGGCUCCUCUCGGGUGUCGAUUUCGGGGAGGUGAACGACGUGUGCGAUUUAAACCGACGGCGCGGCCCCGCUUUCCCCGAUGUCGCCGACCCCGAGGUAACGCGGUAUGUCGUGGAGGAGGAGGCGAUGCGCGCGAUCGGGUGGGAUCCCGACGCAGGGGACGAAGAGGGAAGAGGAAAGGGGUGGGGCUGCCCGCAUGGCGCGCCCGCCAUCCCUCGGGAGUUUCUCCGCGAGGUCGUCAUCGCGCCGUUGGCGUACCGCCUGUCGCCCUCGAUGGUGCGGAUGUUGGAGCGGCCUGGGGUGGAUAGCGGGCUCUCCUUCUGCUUCACCGGCGGCUCGCUUGGGGUGUUGGCGGGGGUGCUGCGCUACUACAGCUGGUUUCUGAGGACGUCUUUUCGGCAGGAGGUGGAGGCGAUACGGCUCCGUGGCGGUGGAGCGGAGCACGAAGGAGGAGGCGGAGGAGCAAUUUCAGAAGGGGAGGAGAGUGGGCUGGGUAUGAUGGAGCGCAGGGGUUAUGUGAUUCUCCGUCGGAUAUCCAUCUGGGGGGCGGUGGAAGGCAAAGGGGCUUUCAAGAACCUGGAAGAGGUGCAGGAGAUGCAUAAAAAGUAUGCGAGUAUGGAGUACAAUGCCAAGUUCGGAACCGGGGAUGGUUCCCAUCAUUCCGACUCCAACAGCCUGAACGGUGGCGGUGAUAGCGAUCUCGACUCCUGCUCCAACCUCGAGACGCAGAUCACCGAGAUCGAGAUGGGGGAACUGGUGGAUUUGAUGGACCUCCACGCCACUCGGCUUGGAAUUCCAUUUCGGAGCGUGGAGUGCUUCGCGCUCUUCGAGGCCGCCGCGCAUCACCUGCGGGUUCUCGAUAACCUUCAGGCCGAAUACCGUCAGCUGCAGCAAGGCCAGCCGGGGCGCUCGUUGAACUCCUCCACUACUAUCAAAUCGAUGGCCACGUCGGGUUCUUCCUUCCAAAGCAUGGGGACCCCUGGCGGCUUCGCCGCCUCCCACAAAACCGCGGCCCUCAAUUUGGAGGGGGACGAGGAGCGGAGAAGAAGAACAGCCGCCGCCGAAACCUUCGAGAUCUGCGUGCUAACCAACCACUACGAGAAGGAGGGAGGGGAGCGAUGCGCGGGGAAACCACUAGACACCUCAUGCACCGUGUUUUACCCUCGUAACACGGCCUCUCUCGCGCCGCCGCCGGAUGUUUCAUACGCGGAUGUCGAUCUGAAGCAAAGGCUCAAAGCCUGGUGUCGUGGGUGCUGCGGCAACGGCGAGGAGGGGCCUAGAGGCAGGAGAAGAACCUCCCGUAGCCCCAACAUCUUUUGGGGUCGAUCUAAAAAUUCUAAAAAGACGAGCCAACGCAGCGACCACUACUUCAAGAUGGCUCCCGUCUCAAAAGGGAUUUUCACAAAAGGGGAGAAGCGAAGCAGCGGGAAGCCGCUCUACAAAACCACCGCCUCGCCUGUUCAGCGCGAGAGUUGCGCGUUGAAAGGCACCGAGGCGUUUUACUUCGGUGGUGAGGAAAAACGCGCGCAGGUGACGUCGCUCAAGUUAUGGCGUAAAGAAUCGCGUCGACUCUUUGAAUUUAUGGCGGACUGCCUCGAGCGGUGCUACGCGCGGCGGGUGAGAACAAAGGAUUCGUUAGCGCCCUAUCUUCAGCGAGUCCGCAUUUCCGUGAUCUCCGAAAGAAAGCUUUGA